AUGUCCACUCACAAUAGGCCAACGUUGCUCAACCCUGAGAGGGCUCUUCCUCUGGAGUACGCAAAGCAAGAUUACCUGGUUCGACAAUUUUGGCCGCUGGAAUCUCUGAAAAUUGCACGAACAGUUCUGAUGACGAAAUCGAAUUUCAUUGAUUUACAAUCCAAACUCGUGACCAAUCUUGGAUUUUUUAAGGUGGAAAUGGGUAUGGAUGCGUAA